AUGUCAUUGUCGAGGAUUCUCUCUUCCUCCUUGAGAAAUCGCUGCGCCGUGUCCGUUGAUUCACUGAAAAGGAUUGUUCCUGUUAGGAGAUUUCAUUCUGGGAGACCCAUGAAGGUGGCAGAGGCUACAAAGAAUCGUCCUGUGUUGCCUGAAAGAACCCCUACUUCUCGUUCUUGGAGUUCGUAUGUGAUUCCUACUGCUGUCAUUGCUGGAGUUGGUGGUCUCGCGUUUUUCCUUCACUACAAUGAUGAAAGGAGGGCAAUUCCUAAAGGCCAGGAGGUGAAGUUCCAAAGGAGCACCAUUGAAGGGCCCAUCAUUGGGGGUCCUUUCAGUCUAAUCGACACUGAAGGUCGAGUGGUCACUGAGAAAAGUCUUCUGGGAAACUGGGUUCUUCUCUACUUUGGUUACACUUCCUCUCCUGAUGUAGGGCCAUCAGAAGUCCAAAAGAUGGCAAAAGCUGUUGAUGCAUUAGAGUCUAAACAGAAUCUUAGAGUUCUGCCAAUAUUUGUCACACUUGACCCUCAUCGGGAUACCCCUGCCCACCUCCGUGCUUAUCUUAGAGAAUUUGAUCAAAGAAUUGUAGGGUUGACUGGACCAGUUACUGCUAUAAGACAGAUGGCACAAGAGUACAGAGUAUUUUUCAGAAAGGUUGAUGAAGAAGGAGAUGAUUAUCUUGUGGAAUCUUCCCACAAAAUGUAUUUGCUAGACCCAAAAAUGGUAGUUGUGAAAUGCUUCGGAGAGGAAUAUAACGCAGAGGAAUUGUCAGAGGCCAUAGCAAAGGAGCUGAAAAAAUCAAGUUCGUAG